UCAACUUAACCUUUGGCUCAACUUCCCCCACUCUCCCCUACCUGUUUGAUCACAGCAGAAGAGCAUUUAUAAUGCCACACUCCCAGUUAGUUUGUCAAGCCUUAUCCAAUCAUUCGUGCCUUUAUUGCUUUUGUAUGACAAAAAAUGUCUGGUAAUAAAUACAUUUUUAAAAACUUCUUCAAACCCAUUAUUUGUUAAAUUGCAGCUGUUGAAAUUCAAUGAGUUAGUAGAUUCAGUAUGUUGCAGAUUAUGUAUAAAGCUCAUAGGAAAAUUUUACCAGUCAACAUCCAGAGCCGAUUUGAAAAAAGGGAAAGUUGUUAUAAUUUAAAAGGAUUUGAAAUAAUUAACAAGCAAAGAUUCUGAACUAAAAUGAAGGAGCGCUGUGUUACAGUGAGAGGAAUAAGUUUGUGGAACAAGCUGAACAAAGAAACGAAAGAAGCAAAAUCUAAUUUUAUCUUUAAAAAAAGUGUCAAAGCCACUAUGUUUAGCAAAUACAGGAAAAUAUGUUAAUCUAAGUCUUGGUAUCUUCUUCUUCUUCUUCUUCUUUUUGUGAAAAAAAAGUGAAUUAACGUGGUCUUCUCUGUUUGUUUUGCGUUUUUAUUUUUUAAAUAAGAAAUAAUGAACUGUAAAAAAGGCAUGUAGGCCUGCAGCUCCUGUUUAUUUUUAGUAGCUAUGUGUUUAGUUGAUGUAUAUCUUAUGAAAUAAGGGCAGACUUUAUAAGAUUUUUCUUCUUUCUGCUUCUUUUCAUUCACAUGUUUGAGAUUUUUCAAUGUUUGUGUUGAAUGUUUUAAAUAUUAAGUGAAUGAAAUAAAGUAUGAAAAUGAAAAUUAAAACUUCUUUUCGUGCAUUUUGGAUGUUUGUAGACUAAGCUAGAGCAUGAAAACAGGAAGUGUAAAUAUGACAGUUUAACAAGCCUUCAAAAAGGGGAAGAAGAAACCGCAGGUCAGUGAACUCCCCCCAUCUUUAACUUAAGCGCAAUUAUCAGCAGUCUUAUCAGCUGUGGUUUGUACUACUAUUUGAUCUGAAGGUGGACAACACGACACAAAACCCACGGCACGUGACUAGUCAGCUGACUCUGUGCGUUCACAAGACUGAGCGGUGAGACUGGUGGUAUCAUAACAUGCUGUGUGCUGACCGAGGAGGACGCAGGGGAGUCCGUCGACCUCGUUUCAGGACAUUUUGUGGACGAGGAAGAAGGGCUUUUUUGAGUCUCCUAACCCGUCUGUGUUAACCAUAAACGGGUAACUAGGCAACAACUGAAGAGGCGCACUGGGAAAGGAGACGCUAGUUAGCCUUGUUUGUUAGCAGCCGGGGUGUUCUGUCGAGGUUUGCUCCCCUUUAAAGUUUGUCUCCGGGUAAGUAUUAGUCAGUUAGUGGAAAGGAAAUAUCAACUGUGCUAACCGACGUUGUAAAGUGUGACCUCCUGACGCAUUAUCAGUUUUAAUUUCGGUUUGUUCAUGUUUGUCACAGAGGCUGAAGACAAACGAGCUCACCUGCUGUCAGAGGAACAAUGGGGCCCCUCAUGCGGCUGUCCUCUCUCGGGUUGAUUACCUGCUUUCUGCUGCUCGGGUUCAGUCUCCCCGCGCGGGUCCCACAGCAGACCGGAGUGGUGUUCUUGGAGGGGAUUGACAGUCCAAGAGUGGGAUUUAACUGGAAAAAUGUCACCUGUCCCCUCUGCAAAGCUCUCUUCACCAUCCUUGACAUCGCCCUGCUGGUAAUGUUUAUGUCGUUUCUGAAACACAGGUUAAAAGAAGAGGUGCCCUCCGUUUUAAAGCUUUAGAAUGAGGAUAAACUAAAUAAAUUGACAAAUAAAAUAUAGGAAUAAACUGUAACUAUAUAAAAACUGAAUUAUCUUUAUUCAUCUUCAUUUGCAAUAACUUUGUACAUCUUGUUCUGCUUCCUGUUUUGGUAGUUGUGCUUGACUUAAUCUAAUGUCACUCUUUACUUAAGACUUAAGCUACCUUAGAAAAGAUAGGACGAUUUUAGUUUACAAAUAAAACUGAAGAUUUUGAGAUUUAACACUAUUAUCACAGCAUUAGCUGUAUUUUUGAUGAUGUUAGAUUGUAUUAUACUGAAAGAUUCAUAUCACCCAAAAUGAAGCUCCCACAUUUGUAGUGUGUACUGGAUCUCUAGUAGCAAAAAAUGCAAAUAAGUAAGAUUAUACUUGAGAUCUUUUACUUGAUGAAAACUGUGAGGCAAGUAUUUCACAAGUGAGAGGACAGUUUUUUGUAAAGUACCGUCCUGUUUUGCAUACAAUGCUUCUCAUACACAAUAUUCUUUGCUGGGUGUAGGGAAUUUUAAGUCAACUGUUGUGAAUGGUGUUUUUCAGAUUUGCAAACAAACAGUGCAUGUGACAGUGAGGUCAUAUACAGAGAAGUUUCACUUCUUAAGUAUUUUAUCUUCUCCUAUUUCCUGGUGCUUAUAGCUGAUUCAGCACACAGAAAAAAACAUUCUUGAUAUGUUCUGAUCUCAUGGUAUGUUCAUAAAAAGUAAAUAUAAAACAUUCAUACCUUUCGAACUCCAUUCUUAACAUUCCACUGAUAUAUGGGAAAUGUUAAAUUUUGCCUUAGAGGGGGACUUAUUCAAGAUAUGGUGCCAGGAGAAUGAAAAGCAGCUCAGUGAAUCAAUAAAAAAUGUACCAGGGACAGGAAUGAAGAUGAUACAAAGUUCACUCUGAAAUGUGAAUCAAAUAAAGAAUUUAAUUACGUAAAGGUAAUUUGAUUGCAUGAGAGCAAAGACAUUUUUUUAAAUCUCAGCUGACAGAUGAAGGUCUGAAUCAGGCCAGAUUUUCGAAUAGCUUUCCUGUUUAUCAAGAACAGGAAAGUUUGAUCCAUAUACAAUAAUUGUAUGAACCAUUGCUGUUAUAGAGUGUUGCAGUGUACCUCUGAAAUGUUAGAUUCUUGGCUUAGAAAUCUCUGAAGUCAUGCAUUGAAAACUGUCUUAUGAGAACUACCAGGAUUUAUUUGAAAAGAUAGAUGUGAAGCAAUUCAUUAAUUGAAGCAAAGUUCUCUCAGGAUAGUCCUGCAAUCUCAUUUCUAACUUUGCUUCACCUUCUUUACCUCUCUUAGAGUGAAGUCAAUGAGGAGCGGGUGGCACAAGUAGUAGGCGAAGCCUGUAUCCGCCUCCAUCUGGCUGACGAGCAGGUGUGUCGUCAAAUAACCGAGCUUUUCAGGGACGACUUCAUCAGAGCUCUACAGCAGUCUCUGCUGUGGCCCUCUGAGGCGUGCGCUCUCCUGGUGGGCUCGUCCUGUGGCAAAUUUGAUAUCUAUGCGCCCUGGAACAUCACCCUGCCAAAGGACCCCAAACCGCCUGUCAAACCCCCCUCACCUCCCAAACCUGGUUCACCACAGAACAGGGUUCUUUUUCUAACAGACAUCCACUGGGACAAGGUAAGUGAGCAGAGUUGAAAGAGCAGGUAUGAAUAUUUGCACGAGAAUUUUUUUAUUUUACUGCCUCCUUUUUUUGUAUUAUGCCACUAAGAUGCUUCUUUUUUAUAAGAGUGUCCUCAUAGUCUAGCACUGCUUCUAGAAAACAAGACUGAGGUUGAUGAGUUAGUGUGAGCAAACUGAAUCAUUUUCCAGGUAGUUUGGUAGGACCAGCCAGAUGAAAGUGGAAUUAGUGUUUGUUGGUCUGUUUUUAAACUUCAAUAAUUUCCACUGACAGGAGUAUGAGGUGGGCAGCAGUGCAGACUGUAAGGACCCUCUGUGCUGUCGGAAAGACUCUGGCUCUCCCAGCUGGAGGCGAAGGGAAGCCGGGUACUGGGGGACCUACAGUAAAUGCGACCUGCCGCUGAGAACAGUGGAGAACCUGCUGGAAAACGUUGCCAAAGCCGGGCCCUGGGACUGGGUUUACUGGACUGGAGACAUACCUGCACACAAUGUUUGGUCUCAGACCAGGAAACAGCAGCUGUCAGAGCUUACUGUCAUCACCAGGCUCAUCCACAAGUACAUUUUUCUUUUCUAAACAACUGAUUCCUUCUGAUUUUAAACAAAUUCUGUGCUUUCAUACAGGGCAGUAGAUGUGUAGUCUAGCUUUACUUCAGUUAUGUCUUACCUGCAUUCAGAGCUGUUUUUAAUGGGAUAAUUCGAUGUUGCAAUGUCACUCCUUUCAACUGUGUCGCUGGUGAUAAUCAGCUGUAUGUGGAAUUUCUGAUACCGCAGUCGUUUUUCUCUUUAAACAGCAAAUUCUUAAGGUUAAAGUUGAGAGCAUUAACUUGAUAACAUUCAGGGUGCCCACACUGAUGUUUGUCAUACAUUACCUGGAAUUGAUCCAGGCUUUUGUUGACUCUUGGCUUUUGUUGCUGUCUUCGCUGUAGACACCUGGGACCCAAUGUGACGGUUUACCCUGCUGUUGGAAACCACGAGAGUACACCAGUGAACAGCUUUCCCCCACCGUUUGUUCACGGCAACAGAUCAAGCUCCUGGCUCUACGAUACUAUGGCAAAGGAAUGGACGCCAUGGUUACCAGAGCAGGCUUUGAAGACUUUGAGGUGUGUGACAUUCUUGUUUCUAAUUAUUUUCGACUUUUUUAUAUAGUUUUACAUUUUGGUUCAUGUAUUUUUUGUGUCGUAAGUCCACCUUUUUGGCUGUACUUUCAGAUAUGGAGGGUUCUACACAGCGGAGGUUCAGCCUGGUCUCAGAGUGGUCUCCCUCAACAUGAACUUUUGCGCUCGAGAAAACUUCUGGUUGAUGGUUAACUCAACAGAUCCUGCCAACCAGUUGCAGUGGCUGGUCCACAUUCUCCAGGCCAGCGAGGACAAAGGAGAGAAGGUCAGUGGAGGCUGAUGGCUCAGGUUCAUGUCCUACUUUAGUCAUGUGCUUCAUGCCAGAUGUCGGUCACGACUUUAUGGCUUCCUUGUGAUUGCCGCCCUCUUUUCUCUGUCAUAAAGAAAUACCUUUUUUGUGAGAGCUAUAAUCUCCUUCACUGUGUUUUUUUAUUUUAGGUACAUAUAAUUGGUCACAUCCCACCUGGACUUUGUCUUGGCAGCUGGAGCUGGAAUUACUAUCACAUCCUCAACAGGUAGGUGGCUGCAUUCAUCAUGUAAACCUUUAAACGUCUAAGUUGUUGGAUAUUGGGUUUACCAUGCAACAAAGACAACUGUGACAGUAAAUAAUGAUGUGUCCUGUUGCAUGCUGUCAUCUCCAAGGGAAGUGUGCUCACUCAACAGGAGUGUCUUUCUCAUGAAUAUGUGGUUGAUUCAGUGUUGCGCUAGCAUUUCUCAAAAGUCUGAUGAAGCAACCGGCUAUUUCACUUGUAAUGAUAAACGAUCUAAAUGAGCAGUUAUGAUGGACUUAGAGUGACCUGUGGGAGGACGAUUUGAGUCACUAAGCAGUGCUUGUUUCACUUCCUAUUUUAUCUGCUCGGCUCGGUCAGACGUCUCUUCGUGUUCCUCCAUGUUUGUUGUGGUUACCAGUCAUGCAAGCUGUCGUUUUUUUUUCUUUUUCUAAUGAAUUUGAAUAUUCGAGUCCUGCUGUGGUUUAACAGAUGCAUGUGACUGUCAUUUUUUCAUCUGUUAUACUGGCUUGUAAGAAGAAAAAAAAGUCACUGAUAUGUUGCUUUUUGAUUUAUAUCAUCCUGUCACUUUUCUGUCUGUCUUAAGGUAUGAAAGUACAAUUUCUGGACAGUUUUUCGGACACACCCACCUGGAUGAGUUCCAAAUGUUUUUUGAUGAGGAGACCAUGUCCCGUCCGCUGGGAGUGGCCUUCAUUGCUCCGAGUGUCACUACUUAUGUGAAUCUUAACCCAGGUGAGUUUUCUCUUUGUAUAAACCAGUGGUUCUCAAGUCCAGUCCUCGAGCCCCCGGUCCUGCAUGUUUUGGAUGUCUCCCUGCUCCAACACACCUGAUUCAAAUGAUUAGCUCGUUAGUAAGCCAUUACAGAGCUUGAUAACGAGCUAAUCAUUUGAAUCAGGUGUGUUGGAGCAGGGAAACAUCCAAAACAUGCAGGACGUGGGGGUUCGAGGACUGGGCUUGAGAACCACUGGUAUAAACCAACAUUUCAGAAACCCCCAAAGCCAAGAAUAAAAAAAUAAUACGUUUUACCUCCCAGGUUACCGUGUCUACUAUGUGGAUGGGAACUACCAAGGCAGCUCUCGGUUUGUGCUUGAUCAUGAAACCUACAUACUGAACCUCACAGAGGCAAACCACAGUCCAGGCGAGCCAGGUGGUCCACAACAAGACCCCAAAUGGACACUGCUGUACCGUGCCACCCAGGCCUACGGUCUGACCACUCUGUUCCCGUCUGACUGUAACGGGCUGAUGCAGACAUUUCUCAAAGAGGACCAGGUCUUUCAAAAAUUCUGGUACUUAAGACAUAAAGGACACGUGUCAGAGCCCUGCAAGGAGACCUGCAAAACCACAAUGCUGUGCUUCCUACGAAGCGGGCGCUACGAUGAGCUAGAGCAGUGCGACCUCCUCAAUGGUUUUGGAGGGAACUUGGCCCGGGCUGCUAGAAAAACCCUCUGUUGACCUGAGGAAGUUUGGACUGAAUGUCUGGGUGGGGACAGAGCAAUACCACCAAAUAUAAGAUUGAGCCAUAAAGUCUGUUGCUGACUGUUGAUUAAGGGUAACUGUAUUUGUUUGACAAUAAUGAUUCACAUCAUUGAACCUCAUGUUGAGUCCAAAGAGUUAUGAUGAAUGAGUCACUUGCGGCUUUCAUUAGUCUUGAUAGAGACAUCAAACUGAUUUGAAUCACGCCUUGUUUGUCAGCCAGUUUUGCAAUGUUAGUUGAGACAAGUGUGAAAUUGUCUUGAAGGACGUCUUGUUUACAUGUUAUGCAUAGAUAGCCGGACUUAAAUGGCUUGUUUGAAGUUCUCUUUACUGGGUGCCUUUGGGGAGUUUGAGCAAGAUUGGUGUUUUAACAUAUUGAUCUCAAACUAUUUUACAUUUAUCACAUAGAUUAACUAUGCGCCAACUACUGCGUUAUUUUCCACAGUCUUGCAGAAAGAUCUCGAAGGCUCGCUUUGAAAAUGUAACAUUACUGUUUUCUGGGUUUAAGGUUCUUAAAUAAUAAUAUGGGCCACUUACUUCCUUAAAUCCUGGUGUUUAACAGACCCAGCCAUCACCUCUUGAGUAAGAACUUUGUUGUGCACUUUCUUAACUCGGUAACUUUGACAAUCCCUCAUCUGUACCCUGUUUUUUUCCCCCCUGUUAGUGUAAGGCAUCCUCCUUUUUUAACACCUAACACCAUCUGCCUCAGACAGUAUUUCUCACUGGGUUUACUUUCAUCUGCACUUUAAUUUUUGGUGAACUUGUUUCUCACAGAUUUUGUCUAUGAGACCUGAGGUGACAUGAGCAUGACAGGUAAUGAGCAAUAAUUUAAGAGAAUUGUAUAAAAUGUAAAUAAAAGCUGAAAUAUGAUUCCACUA